AUUUUCCUUUUGUCUACUUUUAGUUGUCAAGAACUCAUAUAAAAAGAGGUUGGUGAUUUUUAUACAUCACCAUGCAAAAUGGACGAGGAAGGGAAGUCUAGCAAUGAUCAAGGUGGUGAGGUUCGAUACCGUGGUGUACGGCGUCGACCUUGGGGAAAAUUUGCUGCAGAGAUUCGUGAUUCAUCGAGACACGGUGCUCGAAUUUGGCUUGGAACGUUCAACACGGCGGAGGAGGCAGCUCGAGCUUAUGACCGAGCUGCAUAUAUGAUGCGUGGUCAUUUGGCUGUCCUGAAUUUCCCUAAUGAAUAUCCUUCUCUUGGUGGGAGUUCUUCAGCUUCUAGCUCUUCUUCAUCUGCUGCAGCUCCAAGGGUUCAAGGGCAAGUGAUUGAAUUGGAAUAUCUUGAUGAUAAGGUGCUUGAGGAGCUACUUGAGUAUGAGGAGAAAAGGAAGAAGAAGUGAAAUCUAUAUAAAUCACAUUUAAAAUAAUAAAGUGCCUUUGAGUAAAGGAAUGAAAUAUGAUAACGUAGCUAACUUGGGGAAUUUGUGUCUAUCAAUAAUUGUGUGCUGUAAUAUCCCCAACUGUUGGUCUAUAUAAUUA